AUGACCGCCCUUGUACCAAGCGAUCGUCCUCCUUCCCCCCACCGCCACCACCACCACCACCACCACCACCACCACCACCACCAACACCACUCGGCCAGCAGCAGCAGCAGCAGCAGCAGCAGCAGCAGCAGCAGCAGCAGCAGCAGCAGCAGCAGCAGCUCGACUUGGAACCGGAGGGAGAGGGACGUGUGGUCCCCCGCGCCGACGAGGGAGACCUUCAAGGACGUGCUCAUAUUCGAGGAGAGGCUCAAGCAGAAUGCAGAACGGUGCGUGGUCCGUCUACCGUCUACUGGCCAGCGUCGGGCGUGAGCUGACCGCAGCAUGACGUCGCACAGACUACAAAAGCAACGCCGCAAGUACCAAGGUCGGUCACGAUCGUCUGCGCACCUUCAACUUGGGUCGGACUCGGACCGCAGCACUCAAUCACUCCCUUAAACCCCCCCCCCCCUCCCCGCACAGCCUUUCUCAUCUCAUUGGCUCUCUUGAUCGUCCACUUUGCCUACAACGUAUUCGUGCUGCCCUCGAUCGUACGUCGUCCCUUCGUGUCGGCCCGUAGACGUCAGCUGACUUUUCAUUCCCUCUCCCUCACCGUCGACAGUACUCGCUCGUACACUACUUGAACGUCGCACUCCUCCUCGUCUCCCUCGUUACCCUCGUCCUAUUCUUUGCCACGGGCAUGUAUUCUGAAAAGAUUGUCUACGCAUAUCGGCACGUACUCUGCUCCAGGCCCGUUCCGCCGCUGCCCCUCCAUUCCUCCUGGCUUACCGUACCGUCCCCCACAGCUUCGUCCCUCAGGCGAACCGAGCCCUGCGACCUCUCAACAUCUACCUCAACACGCGCAAGCGAUCGUGGAUCUCGUACCUCUCCCUCUUUCGCAUCGCCGCGUCCCCACCCGUGGCCCAACCCCCUUCCCUAGCUACCACGCCCAAAUCGUCCCCUUCCCCUUCGGCGUCCCCUUGGUCCAUGUCGCCCGUGACGUCGGAUGACGAGUCCUCUCCUCCCCACCCUUCGAACAAGACAUCGAGAGGCGGGUCAAGAAGGACCUCGAUCGGGUCCAGUUCAAGCGCAGCGACGAUCCGCUCUACAAGACCUAA